AUGACAAUCGUGAGUAUGGUAGAUGAGCAAUUUCAGUCCAGGUCGCAAAAAAUAGUUACUCUUCUUUUCACAGCUUUCAAACGGGAUGAGGGAGUAUUGAAUGGGAAUGACCUACUCAUCAUUCUCAAACUCUUCUACCGAGUCUUACUCUUUACUGCACCAGCACAAGAUAUGAUAUUAUUAGAAAAUGUCUAUAUCACAUCCAAAACACUCAUAGACAAAUAUGGGUCAACUUUAAUCCAGUCAAGAGCUUUAUUAGACAAGAUAGGACCAUGGGCGGGUUGUUUAUUACAUGAUCAUAGAAGUGCUGUUAUAGCGACGAUUAUUCAAUUGCAUUAUGAGAGUCAUCUUGAAUUAGAAGGACAGCAAGUAACUGAGGCGAUUCAACUGCUCUUUGUUCCAUUUUUGAGAUCGAAUCUCUUAUAUCAGAAUCUCGGAGCUGCUAUCAUAUUGAAUGAAUGGGCCUCUGUCUAUAGGGAAUCUUUGAAUAAAUCGAAUCUCUUAUAUCAGAAUCUCGGAGCUGCUAUCAUAUUGAAUGAAUGGGCCUCCGUCUAUAGAGAAUCUUUGAAUAAAGGUGUUCAACUGGAUCCACCAUUGACGCUGCUUCAGAUUUGCGAUACCUUUCUUAGGGCACCGGCGAAGAACUACGAUGAGUUGACGUCGGCCGUCAACCAUCUAACGAUGGAUUGCAAGGAGUUUGUUGAUUACUGCAUCUCAAGGGGAGUUGACCGGAACAAGCUGAUUAUGGGAGAUUCAGUUUCUGUGGAGGAGAUUAGCAAGAUGGCUUUUGAUUUGUGCUUACCUGGAUUGAAAGCUCCUAAUCAUAUCGAAUCUCUUACAACU